UGUGUGGGGGGAACACACCAUGACCUUCCCCUCUUCAGGAAACCCUAAAAGGGAGAAGCAACCCCCAGCGAGAUUCCCCCCUGUGCUGAUGGUUUUCAGAGACUUGUUGGCAACUCAGCAGCGAGGGUUGCCAUAGCUUUUUUAUGUAGGGUGACCAGAACCGGCUGAAACUGGUUUGAGGCAGAUCAGCUCCUGAACACAAUGCAGUCACUGAGCUACUACAGUGGGAUAGCAGCUUCCUCUCUUCAUGGCAGCCAAAAGCAGAGGAGUUUGCAGGAAGGUGCCAUCCCCACACAGUAUGUGAACGCACACUUAGACACCACACAGCACUGGCUGUAUUCUGUUUUGUGCUUUUCCUUGUGGAAGCUUCUAAAGGGUGUUGGGGAUACUUGUGACUAUUAUGAAGGCCAAAGAGAAUGCAACCGUGUGACAGUAACUGAACACUGGCCCAAAGUCUUCCCCAAAGGUCAAGGUUCACAAGAACAUCUGAUCAAAUUCAUGACCAUGGGGGAUAUGAAGACCCCAGACUUUGAUGACCUCCUGGCAGCAUUUGACAUCCCAGAUAUGGUCGAUCCCAAAGCAGCUAUUGAAUCUGGACAUGAUGACCAUGACAGUCACAUCAAGCAGAACGCACACGUUGACGACGACUCUCACACUCCCUCGUCCUCUGACGUUGGCGUCAGCGUGAUCGUCAAGAAUGUUCGCAGCAUUGACUCCUCAGAGGGUGUGGAGAAGGAGGGCCACAGUGCUACUGGCAACGGCCUUCACAAUGGUUUCCUUACAGCAUCCUCUCUCGACACAUACGGAAAAGAUGGAGCGAAGUCCUUGAAAGGAGACACGCCUGCAUCAGAGGUAGCUUUGAAAGACUCAGCCUUCAGCCAGUUCAGCCCCAUCUCCAGCGCUGAAGAGUUCGAUGAUGAUGAGAAAAUUGAGGUGGACGAUCCUCCUGACAAGGAGGUCACACGCUCCAGUUUCCGAUCGAAUGUGCUGGCAGGGUCGGGUCCCCAACAAGAUUAUGACAAAUCAAAGGCUCUGGGAGGGGAAAAUGCAAGUAAAACUGGAAUCUCUAUCUCAGGCAAUGUAGAGAAAAACAAAGUCAAGAGAGAAAUAGAAACAAAUUCCAUAAACCUGAGUGUUUAUGAGCCUUUUAAGGUGAGGAAAGCCGAGGAGAAGUUGAAGGAGAGCUCUGAGAAGGGGCUUGAUGGGAAGCUGAGCUGCGAGAAGAACGACACCAGUCUUGUCGGAGUGGCACCAUCGAAAACCAAGUCAUCCUCCAAGCUCUCCUCAUGCAUAGCCGCCAUCGCGGCGCUGAGUGCUAAGAAGGCAGCUUCGGACUCCUGCAAAGAGCCUGUGCCCCGUUCCAGGGAAGCCUCCCCGUUACCCAAAGAUGUGAGUGACAGUCCCAGAGCAGCGGACAAGUCUCCCGAAUCCCAGAGUCUCAGCGAUGGCACCAAGAAAGUGUCCCUGAAGCCACCAGAUAGUCCCAGAAGCAUCUCCAGUGAGAACAGCAGCAAAGGGUCACCUUCCUCCCCUGCGGGGUCCACGCCUGCCAUCCCCAAAGUUCGCAUCAAGACCAUUAAGACGUCUUCUGGGGAGAUCAAGAGGACAGUGACCAGGGUGUUACCAGAGGUAGAUCUUGACUCUGGGAAGAAGCCUUCUGAGCAGGCGGCAUCCGUGAUGGCAUCCGUGACGUCCCUCCUGUCAUCUCCAACAUCAGCUGCUGUCCUUGCCUCUCCCCCCAGGGCACCUCUGCAGACGGCCAUGGUUACCAGUGCAGUGUCUCCCGCAGAGCUGACCCCCAAGCAGGUGACCAUCAAGCCUGUGGCCACUGCUUUCCUCCCUGUGUCUGCCGUCAAGACGGCAGGGUCCCAGGUCAUCAAUCUGAAGCUUGCUAACAACACCACAGUGAAGGCCACGGUCAUCUCCGCUGCCUCUGUGCAGAGUGCCAGCAGCGCCAUCAUCAAGGCUGCCAGCGCCAUCCAGCAGCAGACUGUCGUGGUGCCAGCAUCCAGCCUGGCCAAUGCCAAACUCGUGCCAAAGACCGUGCACCUUGCCAACCUUAACCUUCUGCCUCAGGGGGCCCAGGCUGCCUCUGAACUCCGCCAAGUGCUAACCAAGCCUCAGCAACAAAUAAAGCAGGCAAUAAUCAACGCCGCGGCCACUCAGCCUCCCAAAAAGGUGUCUCGUGUGCAGGUGGUGUCGUCCUUGCAGAGCUCCGUGGUGGAAGCGUUCAACAAGGUGCUCAGCAGCGUCAAUCCAGUCCCGGUUUACAUCCCCAACCUCAGUCCUCCUGCCAACGCAGGGAUCACGCUGCCCUCACGCGGGUAUAAGUGCUUGGAGUGCGGGGACUCCUUCGCCCUGGAAAAGAGCCUGACCCAGCACUACGACAGGCGUAGUGUGCGCAUCGAAGUCACGUGCAACCACUGUACCAAGAACCUUGUGUUUUACAACAAGUGCAGCCUCCUUUCCCAUGCCCGCGGGCACAAGGAGAAAGGAGUGGUGAUGCAGUGCUCCCACCUGAUCCUCAAGCCCGUCCCGUCGGACCAGAUGAUCGUGUCUCCAGCUAGCAAUACGCCCCCCUCUUCCACGCCACAGAGCUCUGUGGCAGCCGCUACACACACUGUCACAAAGGUCCAGUCUGGCAUAACUGGGACGGUUAUAUCGGCUCCUUCAAGCACACCCAUCACCCCAGCUAUGCCCCUAGAUGAAGACCCCUCCAAGCUCUGUAGGCACAGCCUUAAGUGUCUGGAGUGUAACGAAGUCUUCCAGGACGAGACGUCCCUGGCUACGCAUUUCCAGCAGGCCGCAGAUACAAGUGGACAAAAGACUUGCACCGCCUGCCAGAUGCUGCUCCCUAACCAGUGCAGUCACGCGGCCCACCAGAGGAUCCACCAGCACAAAUCUCCCUACACCUGCCCCGAGUGCGGGGCCAUCUGCAGGUCGGUGCACUUCCAGACCCACGUCACCAAGAACUGUCUGCACUACACAAGGAGGAUUGGUUUUCGAUGCGUGCAUUGCAGUGUUGUGUACUCCGAUGUGGCCGCACUGAAGUCUCACAUCCAAGGCUCUCACUGUGAAGUCUUCUACAAGUGCCCUAUCUGUCCAAUGGCGUUUAAGUCUGCCCCAAGCACACACUCUCACGCCUACACACAGCAUCCUGGCAUCAAGAUAGGAGAACCAAAAGUAAUCUAUAAGUGUUCCAUGUGCGACACUGUGUUCACCCUGCAACCCUUGCUGUAUCGCCACUUUGACCAGCACAUUGAGAACCAGAAGGUGUCAGUUUUCAAGUGUCCUGACUGCUCUCUCUUAUAUGCACAGAAGCAGCUUAUGAUGGACCAUAUCAAGUCUAUGCAUGGAACGUUGAAAAGUAUUGAAGGGCCUCCAAAAUUGGGUAUAAACUUGCCUUUGAGCAUUAAGCCUGCCACUCAGAAUUCUGCGAACCACAGCAAGGAGGAUGCCAGGCCCGUGAAUGGGAAAGAGAAAUCGGAAAAGAAGUCUCCAUCUCCCUCGAAAAAGUCUGUGGAAUCCAAGAAGAUGGCCAGUCUCGGGUGGACGUGUUGGGAGUGUGACCGCCUGUUCACGCAGAGGGAUGUGUACCUCUCCCACAUGAGGAAGGAGCAUGGGAAGCAAAUGAAGAAGCACCCUUGCCGCCAGUGUGACAAGUCCUUCAGCUCCUCGCACAGCCUGUGCCGGCACAAUCGCAUCAAGCACAAGGGCAUCCGGAAGGUCUACACCUGCUCGCACUGCCCCGACUCCCGUCGGACCUUCACCAAGCGGCUCAUGCUGGAGAAGCAUGUGCAGCUGAUGCAUGGCAUCAAGGACCCCGACUUGAAGGAGCUCACUGACGCUGCCGAUGACGAUGAGGCUGAGCUCAAGCAGGACGCCAAGGCGCCGAGCCCCAAGCGGAAGCUGGAGGAGGCGCUGGAGUUCCGGCCGCGGGGCGCGAUCACGCAGCCGCUGAAGAAGCUGAAGAUCAACGUGUUCAAGGUGCACAAGUGCGCCGUGUGCGGCUUCACCACCGAGAACCUGCUGCACUUCCACGAGCACAUCCCGCAGCACCGCUCCGACGGCUCCUCGCACCAGUGCCGCGAGUGCGGCCUGUGCUACACGUCGCACGUGUCGCUGUCGCGGCACCUGUUCAUCGUGCACAAGCUCAAGGAGCCGCAGCCCGCGCACAACGGCGAGGCGGGCGCGCCGCCGGACAGCAGGCCCGAGGGCGAGGCGGCCGCGGCCGAGCGCCAGUGCAAAGUGUGCGCCAAGACCUUCGAGACGGAGGCCGCCUUAAACACGCACAUGCGGACCCACGGCAUGGCCUUCAUCAAGUCCAAACGGAUGAGCUCCGCGGAGAAAUAGCCCCGGGCUCCCGGGGACGCCGCGCGCGCCCGCCCGUAGGAGGACCGGGACGCUUUCGUAAGUUCCAGGGUGCAGCCGAAGGACCUGAUGCUGCCCCGCCGCCCUCCCCAAGCAUUAAGGCAGUAUUUGAGUUUAAAAGAGUUUGUAUAUAUUUAAAUAACUUUUUAUACUCUUUGUUACAUGUUUGUAUCAGUAUUUGGUGGAAAAUGUUUUGAGUUUUUCUGGGUUAGGAGUUUUCUUUUUUGUACGGUUUUCGUUCAGCGUUGUUAGUAAACAGGCAGUUCCUGACUUCAGACAACCCAUUUUUGUAUGUUACGGAUUCCAAUAAGUUAAUUCCAGGCUAACAUGAUGCCUUUUUUAGUGUUUUUAAUUUGUAGAACUCACCACAUAAAUUGUAGGUGACGUGGGUCUCACCACACUAGCAACUUCUAAGUGUCUUAGCGCUACCCUCAGGACGCCUGGGACAACUGCGCUCCAGCCCAGGCCAUGCCCGACACACUGCUGUUCCUGCAGCCUUACAGGCCCCCCUUUGUUUCUGGAAAGUGAGUAAAACAGGUCAGGAAUCCAGUAAGGCGCAUGGACAACCUUAACGCCCAUCCUGAAGAAUGAAGAUAGGGCAAGAGGGGGUGGAGAGGAGGAGGCAGGAUGGGAUUAUGAUUGAAAUGUAUGUGCAAAAAGAAUGGCAAAGUGAUUCUAAAGAAAGAAAUGGGUGGGGCUGAUUUUUUUCUGGGGACCCCUGCAAGGCUGGCUUACAGAGCACAAGGGGCAGGGUGGGGGCGGGGGCUGGACUGCGUAAAGUUACACAUCUGUACUUAGCCUAGCGCUCUGUAGUCAGGUUUUUAUCCCGUAACUGAGUAACUACUACACUACUCAGAAUAUCAGUAGUUCUCUGCUCUUGACAGGGAAAAAAAACCCACAAAGUCAUGGGUGACUUAACCCUUUGCUAGCUGCACAGUUGGCGUUUCCUGUUCUGGGUGCUACUGCCAAAUGUUCUGGUACUUAGGAGCUGGGAUGCACAACGCCGCCCGCGACGGCCUAUCAAUGCAGCAGCCUGCACUCUGCACCGGGCCGCAGAUGACGCCCUGAGCCCCUGGGUUUCGUCAGUCAUCUCUGUCCCGUCACUCACACCCGUGGUCCUGCUUGACGAACACUCUGUCCCUUCCAUGUAUAGUUCUCUGGGAAAGUUAGGUUUUGGUUUUGUGUUUUCUGUUGCAUCUUAUAUCUUGUAUUUAUCCCCCAACAUGUUUUGUACUUUGUUUUCCUAAGCAAAGAAGUCCUUUUGUGUAUCUAUAGAUACUUGCAUGAUAGACUGUAGUCAACGUUUGAGACGUCUUGCUGCCGUCAGGUGGGUGCACGACCUCCCUCACGCCUGCGUUAACCACAUUUCACAUGUAAAUAAACAUGGCGCAUUUGGCCCUUGA